AUGGAGGAGGACUUCAAGUUGGUGGCUCAACCUCAACGCCGCUUGAAUUCUACGAUGAAAGAAGUUGUUAGAAAGGAAGUGAUAAAACUAUUAGAGGUCGAAAUAAUUUAUCCUAUCUCUGAUAGUGCAUGGAUUGUUGUUAAUAGAUGUCCAAUGUUGGUUAUAAUUGUUGUUAAUUGUAGACUGAAAGUGAUUUUGAGAUUGGGUCUUAAGUUGUCUUCUUUGAAUGGAGAGAUGGUCGUCAAUACACCAGCUAAGGGAUCAGUGACUACUUCUCUUGUGUGUUUAAGGUGUCCCUUGUCGAUUUUCGACAGAGACUUUAUUUUUGAUUUUGUUUGCUUGUCGUUAAGAGGAUUGGAUGUGAUCAUAGGUAUGAACUGGUUAGAGUAUAACCAUGUUCAUAUUAAUUGUUAUGAUAAGUCGGUUAGAUUCUCUAUUCCUGAAGAGGAAGGUGUUAAGUGGUUAUCUACUAGGCAGUUGCGCUUGUUAAUGAAAGAAGAAGUUCAAGUGUUUGCGUUGAUGGCAUCAUUGUCUAUUGAGAAUCAAGCUAUAAUUGAUUAG